AUGGCGGUCACUUAUGAAGCGGUAGUGGCUGCACCGAGCGCACCGAGCGAGUUUCCGCGCCUGUUAAAGGAGAUCAACUCUCAAAGUGAAGCGUUCAUCAAUGGCCAGAGAGAUGCAAGAAUGAAGUUGGUCAAUGCAGCAGAGUCCUUAGUGCACGCUUUGGAAACACCUAGUGAGACUGUGAUGCGGUGCUGUAUGGCUCAGUGCACCGCGUUUGCAUCGAUUGAGGCCUGUGUCCAUUUAAGGAUAUUCUCACUAAUCGCAUCUAGCGAUGACCCAAAGGCUGUCAGGGACCUCGCAAAUGCUACUGGAGCAGAUGAACAUUUGUUAGGGCGCCUGCUGAAGCAUUUAGCCGCAAUGGGUGUGGUCACGGAGACUGGCCCGGAUGAGUACUGUCGCAACGGACUCUCAACAGCGCUGGGCAUGGCGCGAUAUAACGAUGCAUGGCAGUCCACGCCAGUGUCACUUCAUUCGGCAAUCCAUGCGCUUCCGGCAUGGCUAGAGAAGAACGACUAUCGCAAUCCCACUGAUGCACGGAACAUCGCGUUCACAAUGCAAUUCAACACCAACCUCCCCUUUUUUGAGUGGCUGCAUUCCGAUCCAGAACAUUUUCCUCUUGCCAGUCAGUUCAACAGCAUCAUGUCCACAUACCACCAAGGCCGACCUAGCUGGAUAGAAGAGGGAUUCUACCCAGUGCAUGAUAAUUUGAUACAAGGGGCACGAGACGAUGAGGAUAAUGUCUUCCUUGUUGAUGUUGGUGGAGGCAGCGGACAUGAUCUUGUCGAGUUUCUAUCCAGAUGGCCUGGUGCCCCGGGCCGACUGGUCUUGCAGGAUUUGCCAGCGGUCCUAGAUGAUAUUGUAGCACUGGACCCAUCAAUUGAGCGGAUGGCGCAUGAUUUCUUCACGGAACAGCCGGUCAAAGGUGCGCGAGUCUAUUCUUUUCACACUGUUCUACACGACUGGAAUGAUAAAGACUGCCAGGCUAUCUUCUCGAGGCUUGCCGCCUCUAUGGAGCGUGGAUACAGCAAGCUCCUUAUCAACGACGUUGUUAUUCCUACGACUGGGGCACAUUGGGAGGCCACCGCUCUGGACAUCUUGAUGGCAGCAUGUUUUGCCUCAUGGGAACGGACCGAACAGCAGUGGCACCAGCUUACCGAGUCAGUGGGACUCAAAGUUGUCAAGGUUUGGCAUGGGACGGGCAGCGUAGCGAGCGUUAUUGAGUGCGAGUUGGCCAUGGUACGUAAAGCGGCUCCGCUACCAUGGCCUUGUGUAUGCUCAAAGAUUUCAAGAUGCAUCUGUACUCUCAGGAGAAACAGGCUAAGCUUAACAGAAGAUCAAUAUGACAGUUAA